GUGCCCAUCCCGGAAACCCUCUGUGGCCCAACUCAGACCACGCCCCCAGUCUCACUUUUCCCUCUGCAUCACUGGCUCUGCCCUCGUCUGUUCUUGGAGUCUUUCGUUCCACUCAGGAUCCACUUCUGGAUCCGUCCCUGCCCAGUUCCUCUCACCGAUUCCACCCAUUCUUAAGCGUCCAGGUUCGCUUUAGCUUCCGGGACGGGAAGAGUGGCGCGGUGCUGGUGUCCGAGGCCACAGGAGGACCCUGUAAUAUGCCUAAGCCAUGUGUGUUUGACUUUGUCAAUAAGGCCAAAUGGGAUGCAUGGAGUACCCUGGGCAGCCUACCCAAGAAAACUAUCAGGCAGAACCAUGUGGAUCUUGUAUUCAGUUUGAGUUCCUCAUCUGAAGCCUCGAACCAGGGAAAGCAUGGAGUUGAUGAGAAAGCCCAGGAUUCUAAAGGCAUCCUGGUAACUUCUGAAGAUGGCAUCACGAAGAUCACGUUCAAUCGGCCCACCAAAAAGAACGCCAUAACCUUCCAGAUGUAUCACGAUAUUAUGCUCGCACUUAAAAAUGCCAGCACGGAUAACUCAGUCAUAACUGUUUUCACAGGAACUGGUGACUACUACAGCAGCGGGAAUGACCUGACUAACUUAAUUAAUGAUGCUGGUGAAAUACGGGACGUAGCCACAUCUGCUAAGCAACUGAGGGAAUUUGUAAACUGUUUUAUAGACUUUCCCAAGCCUCUGGUUGCAGUAGUAAAUGGCCCAGCUAUAGGAAUCGCUGUCACUCUCCUGGGACUAUUUGAUGCUGUCUAUGCUUCUGACAGGGCAACAUUUCAUACUCCAUUCACCCAUCUCGGCCAGAUCUCAGAAGCAUGCUCCUCUUACACAUUUCCAAAGAUAAUGGGCCCAGCAAAGGCGAUGAAAAUUUCCAAAGAGUUAAUCAGAAAACAUGAAAAACAAAAGCUAUAUACUGCGAACGCUCAAGAGUGUGCUGCAGUCCAGGAAAGGCUGCCAAUAGAGGAGUACACAAAUGCACUCAAGAACUUCCUGUCCAGAAAGGCAAAGCUGUGA